CCUAACGCAUUUUCAGAACAUAAAUAUACAGAACCCAAAUACUGGCAAGAUCUUUUUCAGAACAUAAAUAUACAGAAAAAUAGAUAAAUUUUCCAUAGUUGAAUAUGGAAAGAAGAGUGGCAAUUAUUGGAGCAGGAACGAGUGGCCUUCUUGCCUGCAAAUACACUCUUGAAAAAGGGUUUAAUCCAGUUGUCUUUGAAGCUGAGGAAGGGGUUGGAGGCCUAUGGAGGCAAACUAUAGAAUCCACAAAGCUCCAAAACAAAAAAUUAACCUAUCAAUUCUCUGAUUUUCCAUGGCAUUCUUCUGUGAAAGAAGAGAACCCAAGUAGCCAGCAAGUGUUACAUUAUCUUAAUUCUUUUGCUCAACAUUUUUCUCUCUUUUCAUACAUUAGGUUCAAUUUAAAGGUCAUAGAUGUAGAGUAUGUAGGAGAGUCCAGUGAAGAAAUGGAGACAUGGGAAUUAUGGGGUGGUAAUGGUAAGCCCUUUUCCUCUAAAGGAACAUGGCAUAUUACAGUGCAACAUACCAAGAACUUCUCCAGAAAGGUGUAUGAGGCUGAGUUUGUUAUUCUCUGCAUUGGGAAAUAUAGUGGUGUACCUAACAUUCCCCUAUUCCCUCCUGGACAAGGCCCAGAAGUUUUCAAAGGCAAGGUUUUGCAUUCAAUGGACUACUCUGCUUUAGACAAUAAGAUUGCUGCUGAGUUGAUUAAAGAUAAGAGAGUUGCAGUAAUUGGUUCACAGAAAUCUGCUAUUGAUAUUGCAACUGAAUGUGCACAUGCAAAUGGAGUCAAGUAUCCUUGCACAAUGAUCCAAAGAUCUGCUCACUGGUUUUUCCCAGAACUCAACAUUUUGGGAAUUGAUAUCGAAUAUUUUUAUGCAAAUCGUUUUGCUGAGCUUUUAGUUCACAAGCCUGGAGAGUCUUUCCUACUUAGCCUUGUGGCAACUCUGCUUUCACCAUUGAGGUGGGGAGUGGCGAAAGUGGCCGAAUCAUAUCUGAGAUGGAGGCUUCCAAUGAAGAAGUAUGGAUUGGUGCCGAGUUACAGCAUUCUUCAAGGAAUCUCUUCGUGUCGUAUUGGGGUGCUUGCUGAGAACUUUUAUGACAAAUUAAAAGAAGGAUCCAUUCUCAUAAAGAAAUCACAAAGCUUUGGAUUUUGCAAAGAAGGUUUACUCAUUAAUGGAGAAGCCAAGCCACUAGAAACUGAUAUAGUAAUUCUUGCUACAGGUUACAAAGGUGAUGAAAAACUCCAAAGCAUAUUCAAAUCACAUGUGUUCCAAAAAUACAUCAUUGGCUCAAAGUCUUCAUCUCUUCCCCUCUACAGGCAGAUAAUUCACCCUCGAAUUCCUCAAUUGGCAAUAAUAGGAUAUGCUGAGAGCCUAUCAAAUCUAUAUUCCUCUGAAAUGAGGUGCCAGUGGCUAGCACAUUUUCUGGAUGGAAACAUUGAGCUUCCAACCAUAACUGAAAUGGAAAAGGAUGUCAAGGUGUGGGAUGAUAAUAUGAAACUACAUGCUGGUGAAUAUUAUUGGAAAUCGUGCAUUGCAAAUUGUGGCAUUUGGUAUAAUGAUCAAUUGUGUAAAGACAUUGGGUGUAACCACAAAAGAAAAAAGGGUCUUUUUGCGGAGUUGUUUGAACCAUAUGGACCGAAAGAUUAUGUUGGUCUUAGUCAUAAACGAUGAGAACUUAGAAGGAUUUUGCUAUGUGAGAAUCUACUAUACUCAACAUUUUGACCUGGCGAUUCUUGGUUUUAUUUUUAUUCUAGGAAUUUGUUGUAUGAUAAUGAAGUUUAGAGGAAGUAUUGAGUGGCUAAUGUACUGAGUAAUUACUGAACCCAUAAUGGGGUUCUUAUUAUGCCCAGGUCUAAUGAUAAGCUGGUGUGUCCAUGUUGACACAUUGAAGCUUGAGUGUUUCCAUUUGUUUCUAUGGAUGUGUUGCGAUUGGAGUUGCUAGCC